GGUAAUACUAAAAUUGAUGCUGUAUCUAAUUUACUUCGAUUCAAAUUUAAACAUCGAUUAAUAGAAUGGGAACAUGAUAUACUAAAAAAUCACAAAACUCAAUUGUAUACAUUUCGUUUUGAUUUUAUAAAAUCAAUGAAAAUAACCGAAAAUAUGUUAUACUAUUUCAAGUUCAAGUUAAAAGGAAUAAAUAUUACUGAACAAGCUAAACAAAAUUUAGACAAAGAACUAUCUGCGAUUAAAUGUACUUACUCAAGGAUAAAAGAAAAUCUAAACCUAAAACUAAAUGAACUGUAUAAAAUCGCAAGCAAAACUAAAAAAAGAAACAAAAAGGUUGACAAAGAUAUUGACCAAAUGAAGUGGGAAUUAAACGAAUUAAAGUGCCAUAUUAACUUCAGUUUGAAUGAUAAACUGAUACAUCAUAGUGGCGAAAAGUAAAUGUCAUUCAAUUUUUUAUACCAUACCUAUUUAUAAUCUAUGGGUACUAAUAUAUAAAAUGAUAGCGUUUGUUUGUAUGUUAGAGGUUAACGCCGAAACUACUUAUUGGAUCGUCUUGCAGUUUUUUCAAAUUAAAGAUCAUCACAGAGAAGGUUAUAGGCUAAUUUAAAAAAGCAAUUGAUCACUCCCCGGUAGGUGCUAAAACAGGAAUUUUGAGAUAUACGAUAGACAUUUUUGUUUAUUAAUGGUUGCUAUGGGUUAUAGGAGUUGAGAAUAAUAUUUAUUUAUUAUUAUUUUUUUUUAAUUUGAAUAUUAAUGGAGUAUAUCAAUCUCAUUCGUUUCAAUCAGUCGAAGUUAGGAUUAAACGAGUACAUCCGCUUGCGUAACGCCAUCGCUAGGUACUAAAGGAAUAACGCGGCCAACAUUGGUCGUUUGACCAUUCUCUCAGCCCAUUCUUUUUUUUAUAUACAGUAGAAUCCGCUUAAAGGGGACACCUGCUUAAUGGGGACAUUAAUGACAGUCCCGAAUGAAUGUAUUAUAUGUAAAAUUCUUCGGUUAAUCGGGACAGUCGGGAUAAU